AUGAAAUCUGUAAGCCCCUCCAAUGCAAGUGAAUCUGGUUUCUCCAUCCAAGGACUUUCCAAUGCCUCAGAACUUAGAUUUCCAAUAUUCCUGGUAUGUUUAUACGUCUACCUCUGCAUUCUUACAGGUAAUUUAAUGAUUUUUACUAUUAUUUCUGCAAAUUCUCACCUACAUAUCCCUAUGUAUAUUUUGCUAAUGAACCUCUCAGCAGCAGAUGUUAUUUAUGCAUCAAACAUUCUACCAAAUUUGAUGGCUAUUACGAUCACAAAAAACACUGCCAUUACUUUUAUUGGCUGUAUAACACAAAUGUAUGUCUACAUAGUAUUGACUUGUACUCAGGUUCUUUUGCUAGAGGUUAUGGCAUAUGACCGAUAUGUAGCUAUCUGCUACCCACUGAGGUACUCACACCUUAUGAGUAUGAGACAUUGUGCUGGACUUGCAGUAGCGGCAUGGACCUUUAGCUUUCUUAUUUCCAUUGGACAUUGUGUGCUCAUCUCUAACCAGUCCUUCUGUGACUCACAUCUUAUUAAUCAUUUUUACUGUGAUAUUGCCCCUCUAUUAAAACUUACUUGCAGUGAUACAUAUGAUGUAGAAAUAAUGAAUUAUAUUGAAGGUGUACUUGUAACAUUCAAUGCCUUUGUGUUUACUAUUAUUUCUUAUAUGUUUAUUAUCUCUACCAUACUGAAAAUAAAGUCUUCCGAAGGUCGUCUUAAAGCGUUUUCUACCUGCUCCUCACACCUCACUUGUGUAAUUCUUUUUUAUGGGACUUUAUUUCUUUUGUACAUGAGGCCCUCAUCGAGUUAUUCACCUGAACGAGACAAAUUUUUUGCUCUGUUAUCUGGGGUGCUUAUUCCUAUAUUGAACCCUGUUAUUUAUAGUUUGAAAAAUCAGGAAUUUAAAGUUGGUUUUAAGAAUCUUAGAAAAAAAAUGUUACAUUACAGUUAG